GAAGCGGGCCCUUGCCUCUAUAUAAACCUCGCCGCCUCCUCCUCGCCGUCCCAUCCACAUCCCUGUUCCCAAUUCAGUCGCCAUGGCCGCACGGAGAGCGGCGCUUCAGGUGGCGGUGGUCCUGCUGGCGCUGUGCGCGGGCGGCAUUGGCGCGUCGCCGGGGUGCCGGAAGCACGUGCGGAGGGUCACGGAGUACGGGGCGGUGGGGGACGGGAGGACGCUCAACACGGCGGCGUUCGCGCGGGCCGUGGCGGACCUGGGCAGGCGCGCGGGCGACGGCGGCGCGGCGCUGGUGGUGCCGGAGGGGCGGUGGCUCACGGGGCCCUUCAACCUCACCAGCCACUUCACCCUCUUCCUCCACCGCGGCGCCGAGAUCCUCGCCUCCCAGGACCUGGAAGACUGGCCGCUGAUAGCGCCGCUGCCGUCCUACGGGAGAGGGAGGGACGAGCCAGGCCCGAGGUACAGCAACUUCAUCGGCGGAUCCAACCUCACCGAUGUCACCAUCUCCGGUUACAAUGGCACCAUCAACGGGCAGGGGCAGGUGUGGUGGGACAAGUUCCACGCCAAGCAGCUCGACUACACGCGCGGCUACCUGCUCGAGCUCCUCUACUCCCGCGACAUCAUCAUCUCCAACGUCACCUUCGUCGACGCGCCCUCAUGGAACCUCCACCCCACCUACUGCACCAAUGUGACCAUCAGCGGCGUCACGAUCCUCGCGCCGGUCCACUCGCCAAACACCGACGGAAUCGACCCAGAUUCUUCGUCUCAUGUCAAGAUCGAGGACUGCUACAUCGUGUCCGGCGACGACUGCAUCGCCGUGAAGAGCGGCUGGGAUGAAUACGGCAUUAAGUUCAACAUGCCGAGCCAGCACAUCGUCGUCAGGAGGCUCACCUGCAUCUCCCCAACGAGCGCCAUGAUCGCGCUCGGCAGCGAGAUGUCGGGCGGCAUCCAGGACGUGCGCGUGGAGGACAACACCGCCAUUGACACCGAGUCGGCCGUCAGGAUCAAGUCCGGCGUGGGGAGGGGCGGCUUCGUCAGGGACGUCUUCGUGCGCCGCCUCAGCCUCCACACCAUGAAGUGGGUCUUCUGGAUGACCGGCAACUACGGCCAGCACCCCGACAACUCGUCAGACCCCAAGGCGCUGCCUGAGGUCACCGGCAUCAACUACCGCGACGUGUUCGCCGAGAACGUGACCAUGGCCGGCAGGAUGGAGGGCAUCCCCAACGACCCCUACACGGGGAUAUGCAUGUCCAACAUUACCGCCCAGCUCGCUCCCAAGGCCAAGAAGCUGCAAUGGAACUGCACCGACGUCCAAGGAGUGGCAUCCGGCGUCUCGCCGGAGCCGUGCCCAGAGCUUGGGGCAGAGGGCAAGCCCUGCACAUUCCCAGAGGAAGAGCUCGUCAUUGGUCCGCCAGAAUUGCCCAAAUGUACCUACUGAUAUAUUAUGUGGUGUGCUAUAGCCAUCAGGGUUUGAACCAAAGAGAUGAUGUACUCUGAGUCUUAGUAUAGUCAAGCAGCAGUUUGAAAUA